AUGACAUCAAUGGAAACGGAAGGAGGAGCAAUACAGCAACAACAACAAUCAUCUGGAGGAGAGGGACCACGUCUUCAUCAUCAUCAAACCGACAUUUUUGAUGCCGAUGCAAACGACAGUGGAAACGAACUAUCGAUGGGAGGAAGUAGUAGUGAAGUCUUUGUAGCCGAUUCAAUGUCCCAUCAUCGUGGAGAACACUCGAAGAAUCAUCAUCAUCAAGACAGUCUUCUCGGUCAAACGGCUACUUCGUCGAUUUGGGGAUUUCAACAAUUCACUGGUUCUCUGUUCGAUACCUCACUUCAAUGCUCUCAUCAUGCGCACCAUGUUGUCAAAUGA